AUGAAAAGACUUCGCCCUGAAAACUACACCGUGGGAUGGCUUUGCGCUCUCCCGACCGAGCUUGACGCGGCGACGAAAAUGUUUGAUGAGCGGCAUUGCGACAUUCUACGAAAGCCCGAUGAUCCAAAUUUAUAUACACUCGGUCGAAUUCACAACCACAAUGUUGUCAUCGUGUGUCUGCCUGCUGGUCAGACGGGUGCGAGUUCAGCCGCAGCGGUUAUGGGCCAGAUGAGGUGCCAGUUUCCGUCAAUACAGCACACGUUCUUGGUCGGCGUUGGAGGCGGUGUUCCGGGCGACGAUGCGGCUGUAAGACUUGGAGAUGUGGUCAUUAGCCAGCCGCAUAUGGGACAUGGUGGUGUCGUUCAAUAUGAUUUCGGGAAGAGCACACCGAGCGGAUUUAUACGUACUGGGUUCGUCAAUGCUCCGCCAACUAUCCUUUUAAAUGCUGUUAGCAAGCUACGAGCAAAUAUUCUGGAGCACCAGGUCCACAUUUCAAAGAACUUAUCCACCUUCAACCACUUGCGAGAUAGCGCCGGACCCGAUAUCCUAUUCGAGUCAAUCUACGAGCAUGUUGGAGCGGCUAGCUGUGACAGUUGCGACAAAGAUCUGGUGAUACAUCGAACGCCGCGAAGCAGUGGGGAAAUUGUAAUCCAUUACGGUACUAUAGCCUCUGGUAACCAACUUAUACGAGAUGCGUCCACGAGAGAUACGCUCAGCUCGGAGCUUGGAGGUGUUCUUUGCUUUGAAAUGGAAGCGGCUGGAUUUAUGAGCAUAUUUCCAGGCCUUAUAAUUCGAGGCAUCUGCGACUACGCAGACUCUCACAAGAACAAGAAGUGGCAGGCUUAUGCGGCAGCAACGGCAGCUAUAAUGGCUAAGGAGAUCCUUUCAAUUCUACCCAUAACUCAACUCCCCGCGGACAAAGAAGCGGAUUUUGGAUGUGGCAACCCGUUACAAUUCUUAAAUCUUUCGCAGAGGCCAGAGUGGCAUUUGGCCCAAGAUGGGACUUUACCUUAUAAUAUUUUCGAACAUAUUUCUAAUUACGAACCCAACUGUACCUACCGCAAUUACUUGCGCAACAAAUGCCCGGGUACUGCAACGUGGAUACUAGGUAAUAAGGAAUUCUUGACGUGGAGAAAAAAGACCUCUGCAUGUUUAUGGCUGUCUGGUAAAAUUGGCUCUGGGAAAACUUUUGUGACGACCACCGUUGUUGAGCAUCUAAUGGAAGCGUCUCAAAAAGGUGGUGAUUUUGUGGCACAUUUUUUCUUCAACCACUCAAGCAAAUUCCGACUGAAAGCUAUUCAUCUAUUUGAAAGCUAUAUUAAACAGAUGCUCGGUUUUCUUGACAAUGCGGGACAUGUAUGCCCUCACGAGCUAACGUAUGUUGUGAAACGAUUUUACGGCCCAAACAGGUGCCAACCCAGCUUUGCUGAGAUUAUAGAGAUGAUAUUCAUACCUCUGGGCGAAUUCUUGAAUCAGGUCACCCCAAGCGCAACAUACAUUGUGGACGGUCUCGACGAGUGUGAGUCAGUCGAGAGGCGACUGGUACUUAAUACCUUACGAAACAUGAUGCAACAGCGCGAUACGCAAAGAGUUUUAGUCUCCGGACGGGAAGACCUGGAUGUGACAAACUUCAUAGAAAACUCUAUGACCUUGCGCAUAUCAAGAAAGGAAAAUGAAGAAGACGUUCGGGAGUUUAUUGAGUGGAAAAUCGAGGCAAAGCUGCGGGAACGACAGCUCACAGAAAGUGAGUACGUCCUCCGGGACAUCAAAAACAAACUGAAUGAAAGGGCUGAUCUCAUGUGA